AUGAAACAAACGGAAGUCAUUGCGGUACUAUCCGUCGAGUCGGACGAAGUUCGAUUCACAGUGGUGUCGACCAGAGACGGAAGCGAAUUGGUCACGUCGGCGGAAACAUUUCCGUUAAUUACCGUCGACUCGAAAGAGUGGAAAGGUAACAGAAAUUAUGUGAGCGCUGAUCGWCAGGCGGUGGCGACUGCUACGUCAUGCGCCGUGGCCGAGCAGAGUACACCCUCGCCGGCCACCGAGGACGUUGUACCCGAUCAGCGACCGAGCUGUUUCGCCGAGAGUGAGCCGCCUAUGAGCCAGGGCGAAGUAGAACAGGACCCGGACGUCGUUUGGGAAGCGGUUCUGCGAGUGAUCAACGACGCGGUGGACAAGAUGUGUCGGGACGGCACACCGGUCACGUACAUCAAGUCGGUGGCCAUCAUCAACGAGAUGGCUACGUUGGUAGCGUGGAACGUGGUCACGGGCAAAGCGGUGCACAACUUAAUCCACUGGUCGGACGUUCGAAUGGUCAACGGCAGGACGGCCGCGGCCGCGAAAUGGCUGAUCCAGCGGUCGACGGCCGUGCGGUGCGCAGCGGAAGACUGCCGGUUUGGCACACUGGACACGUGGCUGACGUGGAAGCUGACGGGCGGUGAUACGUACCAAACGGACGUGACAAAUGCGUCGUACACUGGGCUGCUGGACCUGACCACGCUGUGCUGGAACGUGGACGCUUUGCGGUCCAACGGUUUGACGGUCAACACUUGGCCAGCGCUACGCAGGUUGGACAAGCGCUCGUCCGCUGUUAUCGUUAUUGGCCGCCUGUACGGGCUGUCCGUGCAUGUGACGAUGGCACGUCCUAGCGCCGUGCUCUACGCACAGGCGUGCUACCGCCACGGACAGGUGUCCGUCACACUGACAGACCGAACGGCUGUGGUGCUGGGCGCGCACGGCCGUGUACCACCGCGCCAGCAACCGGCCCAGGGGCCAUGGCCUGUGGUUGGCUACUGUGAGCCGAACAUGGCCGACCGGAAACAUCCGACGAUCGUGUACGGCUUGCUGGCAGUGUCCAAGGCCAGCGCCGUCAUGUGCUGGCUGAAAAAUAUGGGCCUGACCAAAUCGUGGGACGAGUGCAUGAAUACCUACGCUUUCAGCCGGCCUAAGACGACCAAACGGCAGGCGUACAUGGUGCCGGCGUUCGGUGGCCUGCCGUCGGCGCCGUACGGACGACCSGACGCGCGCCCCGUGAUUUGUGGCAUCGGCGGUCACACCCGGCGCGUGCACUUGAUCGCCGCGGCCAUCGAAUCGAUCUGCCACAGCGUCAAAGACGUUGUACGGUGUGUGGUGGCCGGUUCGGCGUCAAAACUCGCGGUACCCGUGUACGUAGACGGGCAAUGCGCAGGACUGGACGGCCUAAUGCAGCGGUUGGCGGACGUGUCUGGCAGUAAGUUAUCGGUGAAACGGUUGGACAUGGCCAUCAGCGGYGCGGCACGGAUGGCCGCGGCCGCUAUAAACGACGAUUACGCAGACCGAUACGAGGCCGUCUAUUAUGAGCCGACUUCCACUGACGAACAGCGGUUAGCUUGGGACGGUCAAUGGGCGAAGGCGGUGCGCAGGAGUUACGGUUGGAUGGCUGUGGAAGGCCACAGGUCGGAAGAUCAGUACGCGRUGGACCCCGCCGACCAGCGGGCCGGACGCUUUGGCAUAUUUAAGUUGGCCAUUAUUCUUCGUCGCGUUGGUUACUGGUACAACAGAAAGGUGAAUGACCUCAUCAACGCCGUGCAAAACUAUUUGACCCCCAAAACUCGGCUACAUGAUUUGAACGCCGAUGAUAUUUAA